AUGGCAGAACAUGUCAGAUUGGCAGCGAACGGUGACUUAGCUGACCAUUAUUGUGGAAAAAAUAUACAAAACGAAUUAAUAGAACCUAUGGCAUCAAAAGUUACAUCUUCAAUAGUAUCUCGCAUAAAGGAUUCAAAGUAUUGUGCAAUCAUAGCUUAUUGUACUCCUGAUAUAAGUCACAAAAAGCAACUUUCAAUCACAUUAAGAUGCGCCGACAUAAAAGGGGAUGCCAUUAUAAUUUAUAUCAAAAUGGACGAUGAUCGAAUCAGAUUGCUGCGGGAUGAAUUGAGUUCUGGUUCUAGUUAUGAAGACGAAAAUGACAGUGAGGUGGAAGACUAUGUGGAGGUACAAGAAGAGACAUACGCCACCGAGCAAGAAGACGACAAUGACGAAAUAUAUGAGGUAGAAGGUAGUGAAAGUGUCCACGACUUUUACUUAGGAAAGGAUGGACACACAAGGUGGAAUAAAACUCCUGCCUUAAACCCAACUAGGCAACAUGCUAGAAACAUAGUUACUCAACUUUCAGGCGCUAGAGGAGAAGCCAGAAAUUUGAAGGAACCAGGUGAGCUA